GCUCACGCGUCGGGGCUCCCACUCUCCCACUCCCACAUUCCGCGGACGUCGUGGAUCCACAGCGCGGACAUGUUCAUGUUCUCCCCGCGGACGGCAGCGCUGCGGCGGCGCCUCAAGAGCCGUGAUUGACCCGAGUCUGCAGCUCUCCUCUCAGGGAAAGUGGCCAACCAAGGGCCUGCCAGGCAUCUCUCAUCCAUACCGUUCCUGCUUUGCGUCCCCCGUCAUGAAAGGCAUUUCGAGUAGCCGGAGUCACCACCAUUUGGUGUCCUACGGACCACCGUACGACCCACCCGGUCAGCACGUCGAUCGCAAGCCAUACUUGAUUCGGCAGGUGGACAUGCCGGUGCCCAUUGCCGUGCCGCACCCCGCCGAGCUGUCCUACUACAAUGCUCAGCGUAUCCCGUACCCCUCCGACAACACCAGCAUCGUCCCAUACGGGACCUUUCCCAGACGGUGCUAUUCUACCUCCUCGUCUCACCAUCCCGAGGUAAAGGAUGAGUGCAUGGCCAUGGUACCAUAUGUCGGAGGAGGAGGAGGGCCAGGCUACGGAGGUAAAACUCCAACCCGAGUACCAGCAAACUUUGCAGAGUUUGAGCGCCAGUCAUCGAUUUCCAGAGAUGGCUACCACACACUGCAGUACAAACGAGGGAUGUUGGCCCAGAGCGGGGAGACGGGGUCCAACAGCAACAAUGACAGCCCUGGAAGAAUUCGCCAUCUGGUCCAUUCAGUCCAGAAACUUUUCACCAAGUCCCACUCAUUGGAAGGGCCCCACCACACACCGCCCAUGAAGGGGGGGAAUAAUGGGAGUGUUAAUGGUGGUGUUGGUGGUGGAGUAGGAGUUGGUGGUUCAAGGACCAGUCCAGAGGGUGAAACUCCACCAGUGGGAGUGCACCAGCGGAAGCGCAGCAAGAGUCGCGAGCGCUGUCGAUCAGCCGAGCCCAAACAUCGAAUCCACCACCACCAUCACCACCAGCUCCAAGGCUCAGCAUCUGCACCGGGCUCCGGAUACUGGAGCUCAGAUGACAACCUGGAACGGGAGCUGUGUCUCUACCACCCUCACCACCACCAACCUCCACCCUCACCUUCACCUUCCAUUUCCCCUUCACCGAUCACAAUGACAAUGGGCCGGUACCCUGGCAACAACCCUGACAAGUUCCCGCUGAGUCCCCUACCCAACCUUACCUCUUCGCAGUCACAGCAGUACUUCAUGAUGGACCCUUAUGGCACAAUCACUGAGCACACACACACCCAUGCACACCAUGGCCUCUCACACCACCAUUCUGCGCUCAAAGUCUCCCGGAGCAACAACGACGUCAAGUAUGCAGCACCAUCGUCUUGUCUGCCAGUUAGUGGUAGCAGCAAUAACAUCGGUGGCGGUACCGUCGGAGGAAGUGGUCCCUUGGUGCCUCUGGGUCUUGUGGACGGACCCCUCGUGAAGAAAGGGGCAUGGUCAUCAAGCCUAACGGUGAGCAGGGCCCGAGAGGUCUACACCAACAACAGCAGCCACAACCAGCUCCGAGCCAGCGCAGGAUCUGUAAAUCUAAACCUAGAUAGAGCUCUAGUCAAAUCUAAGGGCAGUCAGCAGCAGCAGCGCACUUGCCAUUUCCUACAGGUACCUCAGGACGAGUGGAGUGGCUUCUCCCCCCUGGGGAAGGAGGAGGACAUUCCGUGUCGGCGGAUGAGGAGCGGCAGUUACGUCAAAGCCAUGACGGAGGACGACAGCGACUCAGACGGAAGUCCCAAACCUUCUCCCAAGAUGCAAGCACGACGCGCCAGCUACCUGAAAGCCACACAGCCAUCACUGACUGAGAUGACCACGCUACAGAUCUCGUCGGAACAUUCGCCCAAGCUGCAGAUCCGGAGCCACAGUUACCUGCGUGCGGUGAGUGAGGUUUCCAUCAAUAGAAGCCUGGACACCCUGGACCCCAAAACUCUCCUCGACCCCAAAUCGCUGCUCUCCUCACCCCAAUACCGCUCACGCAAUGAAAGCUACAUGAGGGCCAUGAGCACCAUCAGUCAGCUGAGCGAGCUGGAGGUGAACGGUCAGAUGGAGCAGGUGUGUGAGCAGGUGUACAGCCAGCUGCAGGCACAGGCCAUGGAGGCGGCCAUGGAGGGCAUGGACACCCUGCCCAUGCCCUCCAUGUCCUCCAUGUCCUCCAUGCCCUCCAUGCCCUCCAUGCCCUCCAUGCCAGGCUGCUUCCGCAUGCGCAGCCACAGCUACGUACGCGCCAUCGACCAGGGCUGCAGCGCCGACGACCACCACCAGGGGGAGGGAGGGCGCCCGCUGCUCCUGCUGCCCGCCUCUCCGCCCAGGACCUCCGCCACCACCGUCAGGACCAUCCAGAGCAGCACAGUUUCAUCCUGUAUCACCACGUACAAGAAAACUCCCCCACCCGUCCCGCCGAGGACCUCCACCUGCUCCACCUCCUCCAAGCCGUACAUCUCCAUCACAGCACAGAGCAGCACAGAGUCUGCACAGGACGCGUACAUGGAGGAGGAAGGACCGAGGGGGGACAUGACCAUCCAGUCAGGGCUCAGCAACUCCACCGAAAGCAUCGACAGCAUGAAGGCACUGACGGCGGCCAUCGAGGCGGCCAACGCCCAGAUCCACGGACCAGCGAGUCAGCACGUGAGUCACAGCACCAUGACCAGCAGCACCCACUUGCCUUCAGUCCUGAGCCGGGGUCGGAUGGUUGAAGACCACCGCGAAGAGUACAGGAAAGAAGCACUCAGGAAGGGAAAAUGUCUCUCAAUAGGGAUUCAGGUAGAUGGACCAGAGGAGAUUCAGGACCCAGAGGACCCAUCCAAGUUCACUUCUGUGGGCGUCCAAGUAGAGAACGACAGAGGGUACCGUCGCUUCCAGCGCUCCAACAGUGUGACUACGGCUGUACAAGCCGACUUGGACACACCAGACCUGCCGGAGACUCCUCUGGACUCUCCCGACACCGACGUGGAGGUCUUGUCGUCCUCUGCACUUUGUCGCCAGUUCUCCCGCGAGGCCGCAGCCUGCGCCUCGUCCUCCACGGUCAGCAUCCAAGGCUCAGGGAAUCAUUACCACGCCUGUGCCUCCGACGACUACGACGACGUGGCCUUCGACCCGUCCAUCCUGCCUCCGCCGGACCCCUGGAUCGACGACGACCCGCUGGAUGUCGGCUUCAGCAACUCGGCCAUCCUCCAGGCGGUGCAGAGGUCGGCGUGUCAGCGCGACGGCCGCUGGUUCCUGAAGCUGCUACAGGCGGAGACGGAGCGCAUGGAGGGGUGGUGUCGACAGAUGGACGCCGACCAACAACAACAAGAGCUUCCAGACGACGUUGUCGGCAAGAUGCGGAGUGCGGUGGGAAGUGCUCAGCUGCUGAUGUCCAAGAAGUUCCAGCAGUUCCGGGAGUUGUGUGAGGAGAACUUGAACCCCAACGCCCGCCCUCGGCCCGGGGCCUCGGACCUGGCCGGGUUCUGGGACAUGCUCCAGUUGUCCAUUGAGAACAUUAGCCUCAAGUUUGAUGAGCUCCAUCAACUGAGGGCCAACAACUGGAGGCCCCUGGACCCCCCUGAGAGGAAGGAGAGACGGCUCCCGCCCCCGGUGCCCAAGAAGCCCCCGAAGGCCCCGCACCACCACCCGCCCCUGGCCAGGGACCGCUCGCUGGAGAGCUCGGAGAAGCAGCGGCAGGAGGCCAGGAAGCGUCUGAUGGCGGCCAAGAGAGCGGCGUCCGUGCGGCAGAACUCGGCCACGGAGAGCGCCGACAGCAUCGAGAUUUACAUCCCCGAGGCGCAGACCCGCCUGUGAGAAGGUUCCGGGGGCGUCCUCCACCUUUACGUGUCCACAGCCCACCUACAGCAUAGUUGUUAGACGCCAUGACGCUCAUGGAGGUUUAGUCUUGGUUUUGGUACCAACACUGGGCCUCAUUCAGCAAUAACUCCUAAAGUAACCUUUCAAAC